GCUAGGAUGGCUUGACAUCGGCGCUGGGCUGUUUUGAUGAACAUUAAUUAGCUGGGAUUUACUUUUUACAGUGUGUUUUAAUUUUGUUGUUUGCAAACAGGGCGUCGCGUGUAACGUUAUCGCGCGGUAAAGACUACUUUUUACUCAUCGUUUUAACAGCCAUUGCAGUGACUGCACCGACAAACAAAAACCGUGUUUUGGUCCACCUAAAGGAGGAAACUGUCACCUCUGCUUCGACUGAAAUUUCAUCAUCGCCAAAAACUGACAGACAAUCGCCUCGCAGUGCCGGCGCUCACCAAACAAGAAGCAAACUGCAAACAUAAGCUAGCAGUAGGCUAACGUAACGUUACUCUAACGUUAGCUAGUUAGCAUCUUGGCUGCGUCAAGAACUUUGUUUCAAGCUAACGUGAUCAACUCCGGAUUUCAGACGUGUUCUUAAUUGGUCAAAGUUCCAGUUUAGAUACGUCUGAAACACUUGCUCGAUACAGAAGAUUGCGUGGGGACAUAAUGCAUUUUGUAGUUACAAAAGUAAGCUAACAUCUAGCUUGCAAGCCAUGCUAGUUUUAACGUGACUCACUGGUGCUUAAUGAGUGUGUAGUAUCGCAAAAUCGGGUGUUGCCUGGCUGUCGCCCCUUAACUAAAACGCUGCAGAUGACUCGUGUAUGACUCGUGUUUUUGUUGUCUCCCGUCAAAACAAUCCGUCGCUUUUAUUUGACAAGAAUUCUUGGAUUUCUGUGAUAUAGUAUCAUGGGGUCUCUGAAGGCUCUCCAGGAGUGGUGUCGGAUACAGUGUGAACAUUACAACGAUGUGGAAAUAAAGGACAUGUCAACGUCGUUUCGGGACGGUUUGGCGUUUUGUGCCAUAAUACAUCGCUACAGACCCGAUUUGAUAGACUUUGGCUCGCUGUCUAAAGAGAAUGUCUACGAGAACAACCGACUGGCGUUUGAAGUGGCAGAGACACAGCUGGGGAUUCCAGCCCUGUUGGACCCAGAAGACAUGGUGUCCAUGAAAGUGCCUGACCGGCUCAGCAUCAUCACAUACGUCUCCCAGUACUACAACUUCUUCAACAACAAGUCUAAUGCAAACCCCCCUUCUAUGAAAAGGCUGAGUUCUGUCGGUCAUAAUGAGCCAGCCCAUAAAAGGCCCCCGACCCCUCUUGAAGACAAAGUGGUUGAGUCUGAGAUGGAAAUCCAUUCCACUCCUUCCUCGUCAUGCUGUCCUUCCUCCUCACAUCUGGUCCCCCCUCCACUCUCUGGUCCUGAGCCUAGGCAGUAGGGUGGGGGUGGGGUGGGUUAGGAGGUGAAAGUAAAACA